AUGGUGGCGGACGGAAGCGCUGCUGCUGCUGGAGGAGCUCUGGGCGCCGCAGAGAGCCCACGAGCUCCUGGCAAGUUCGUCUGUCAUUGGGGCACAUGUCAGGAGACAUGCUCAUCUAUCGACGAGCUCAAGCUGCACUGGAGAGGUCAUUUCUCUCGCAAGACCAAGACUGAAGCUAGAUCAUCCCUCGAGAGUCCUGUCGAGCCGAGUUCCAGCAGGAUCGCCUUGCAGGGCGCUGAGCGAACGACAGACGAAUCACCUGGGCAUUUCAGCUCUGAAGGGCCAGCGAUCAAGCGAGCACGCUGGCAUUCACCCUCUGAGGUAGCGCAAGAGAGCCACCAAGCAGUUGCGGAAUCGAGAGUCACUCAAACGACAACCCCUGAGUCAUCGGAAGGCUCCAAUGAGAAUGGCUACAUGCCCAACGGUAUCUCACAGCUCGCCCAAGUGUCCGCUAGUCAAGACGUACAGACGCAAAUGCUGCUAGCUCUGCUCGCCAAGCAUCAGGAAUCUGUAGAGCCACAAGAGUCACCGCUGGCCUUAUCUUGGCUUCCCCAAGGCUGCCCAGCAAUUCCUCUUGCGUCUCCGUCGGCUAUAGAUGACGCAAAUACACCUGCACUCGAAAGAGGCCAGAACGGACUACAUGUACUGUCGCCGGCAAAGCCAGCUACCGAUGCUCCCACUCCGGAACAUGGACGUACAAGCUCCGCUUCAGUAGCCCAGGAAUCUAUCCCGCCAACAGUGGCAGCAAGUGCGUCGGCCGUCAAUGGCACAGCCGAUGCGGCCCGGGAUAACAGCGCGCUACCUGAUCUGUCUGGCGAUAGCCCGUCCGAUGCCGUCCAACAGCCAGCUUGUCCCGGUGAGAAUGAUGUCGCAAAGAUAGUGAUCGGGGAAGCGCCUUCCAGAACUGUCAACGAGAUUGACAGCAGAUCACUGCAGCCGCGUGCGAGGGCCCUAUGGCCUCGCCCGCGACCAUCUGCACUACUGUCGGCCGGUGCUGCGUCAAGAGAGACUUCUGCUUCUCUCGGCAAGCAGCAUGGAGAUGUCGACGGACAAAAGCUCACAGUUGCUGACAAUAGCUCUCCUGAUCCUGCGCAGCGCCUUCCGACGCCAGAGAGCCCGGUCCUCCUCAAAACUGCACCUAUGCCAGCGACCGCCGACGUGUCGGCUGCCAAACCCACACGCAUUGAAGUUACCGCCAGAUGUGAUCAGCCGAGCUCGCAAGCAACUGUCACCGCUACCGUCCCCGUGGCCACUGCCCCCAAGCCACCUCAGGCCAGCGCAAACGGAGUAGUGGAUAUCACAAGUAGCCCGCCUCAGCCUCCGAGUAGGACCCAUCGCAGUCCAUCGGUUGAAGUGAUCAGCACGGUGUCACCUCAGAAGGCCGUGCUAGCUGCUUUGGCGCAUCAUGGCUUUGCAUAUCUUGCCGAAUACAAAGCUAUCGUCUGUGCAAAGUGUCGACAUGCUGUUGAUCCGCGUGACAUCGUGCUACACUACGAAACGACGCACAGCGACAGCAAAAGGCUCAAGACUCGGGUAUCAAAACUGCUGAAGCCCGAUAUCGAUGUGCUUGACGCGGUGAUACCAGAGAGGAUCGCUCUGAAGCACGACAUUCCUGAACUACCGUAUUUGCGACCUGCACAGCCGGCGUACCUCUGCAAUGGCUGCGGUCUGUUGGUAACGUCUGUCUGGAGUGCGAAGCGCCACGGGCCUAGCUGCAGCACAUCGCGUCAUAGCGGCACGCAGCCGCACGAGGCCUUCAGGGAUGUGCACGUUCAAUCCUUCCUGACCAACGGCGGCAGACUCUUCGUCGUCGAUCCCAGCUCAACAGAUCAGGGCGUCAAAGAAUUACAUGUGCCAGCCUGCAAAGUCUUCGAUACCUUGCCGUCUAUUUCUACGCCGCUCAGUCAGGCCGCUGUACCUGCUUUGACAAUCACGACAACUUCUGCUGCUGUGGCCGAUUCAGGCGCGAUACAUGCGCCCACUUCUGCGUCACCAGGCUUGAAAAGCCAGACGGGCAGCCCUGCCUCGCUUCGAACUGAUCUACCUUCACCUCGCUUUGGUCCCGGGAAGCCCAUCGGGCGACAGCGUAUCUCGACGGCGCCUAGUCCUGUUUCAGAUGAGAAUGUGGUUCUUGUCACGUCCGCUCAAGCUGCCUCUCUGCUCAGUCCAUUGUCUGUUCCCGGUACAAUUCAGUCACGUGUUUCCGCUGGGCCUUCGACACAGCUGCGAGACUCUGCACCCGCUGUGCAGCGACAGCCAUGGGCACGUAUCAGUCCGUCGUCUACGGCAGUGUCACGAGCGCGGGAGCAGCAGGCGGGCGCGGCCAUGGUUAUUUCCAAAAGUUCGGCGGGGUCUCGCGCAGCUUCUACUGAAAAUCAGCAGAGGCGCGAGGGAGACACGAGUAGCAGCAGCAGUAUUCCCCCAUCGCAUCACGCCUCGCCAUCGCGGUCUGCGCUCACUUUUCCCACCGCAUUGUCCUCCGCUGGCCAGACUUUGCCACUCGUGCCAUGGCAAGCCGAGGUAGCGCUACCCCAAGCAGACGCCAGGUCGAUGCUGCAGCAGCUAGAGGCCGCACAGAGAGAACGUGACGCACACCUGUCAGCCGCUAUGCUUGCACAAAAGCGUUACAAUGAUGCCCUCGCCACCCUGGCCUUGAUGGAACGGCAGUCUCAGGCCUCGCCUGCGCAGUCAGCACCUGCCAUCGAUGCUAAUUCCCUGGGUCUAUCGAACGGCUAUAUCGAUGAGCAAAAUGUCGACCUCGUCCUCGCUGACCUCAAUCGGCAGCCUCAGAGACCUGAGCGAGCUCGCUUCAGGGAGAUCGAUGCUAAUAAAGCAGCCUCGAUUCCCGACUCGGUCAUUGAGCUUGAUAACCUUCAAGCUAUUGCUGGCAUUCCUGACAACAUCAUUCGAUGGGAUGGCACACAUAAUGUGCUCGUCUGUGUGGCCUGCGAGGAACUUUUGCAGCUGCAACAUGUUCACGAUCAUAUCGCAAGGAACCAUCUGACAGAACUUGCCAACGCGGGAUUGGACGUCAAGCCCGGCCAAGGCGGUGACUUGGCCAAGCGGAUUCGCGACAGCAUCAUGCCCUCGCUCAUGUGCCUUCGACCACCUCCGGUACUCGAGCCAAGCAAUCAAGUCGCAAUUCAUCCUGAGAUAGAUAAAUUCAUCUUUCCAAUCGUGGGUGGUAUCAGAGCAUAUCACGUUCGUUGCGAUUCCUAUCUAGUCUGUACCACACCAGUCACGCGCAUCGGUCAGCCGGCGCAAGGCGCAUGCGGACGUCUGCUCUGGAACGCAGAAUUCGCAGACCGCGCAAAGCAAGGCUGUCGACAGGCUGGUCACCGACAGCGUCUAAGGCGCGUGCAUGCGCCAGAUGGCUUCUUCGUGCAGUUCUACAACUUUGCCGGCAAUCCAGGCAUCGCCAGACCCUUGCUCGUCCGGCCAAGUCAGAUCUGCGUUGACGCUGCCAGACGGACACUGGUGGGCGCUCAUGUAUAG